UUUGCUGAAAAUUGAGGCUGCGUUGAGUGGACGCUGAAAUUCCAAAAUUUUCCUCUUGAGAGGACUGCUUGUGCUUGUCAAUCGCAAGUGCUUCAUCCUCCGGGUUGGAUUUACUCUGCUAUCUCUUCGAGAGAUUUUCACCAAAAGAUUACAACAAAUGGCUGACCCCGAAUUGGAAGCUAUUCGACAAAGAAGAAUGCAGGAGCUUAUGGCACAGCGUGGCCUCGGAAAUCAGCAAAACUCUGAGCAGCAGAAAGCACAGGAAGAAGCCAAAAGUGAAGCUGAAGAAAGGAGGCAAAUGAUGCUUAGUCAGAUCUUGUCCUCUGAAGCUCGAGAGAGACUUGCUCGGAUUGCUUUGGUGAAACCUGAGAAGGCACGAGGUGUCGAGGACGUUGUUUUGAGAGCUGCUCAAAUGGGUCAGAUAGUUGAAAAGGUAUCUGAAGAGAAGCUUAUAUCAUUGCUGGAGCAGAUUAACAACCAGACUUCUAAACAAACCAAAGUAACGAUACAGAGGCGUCGAAAUGUUCUUGAGGAUGAUGAUUAGCUCAAAUGUUGAUAUUAAUAUUAAGUUUUAAAACAUCAAACCCUUGUUUCCUGACAUUUUUCAGGUAGGUAGUCUCCAUGUGAUGGAGGGGACCUUGCAUUUCAAAAAUUGUUUCUUCAGGGCAAGUAGAAAAUUUGGGUCUUUCUUUUUUUCUGCUUCUUAGUAUCAAAACAUUGUAAGUGGUACAAUUGAAAAGUUUUGCAAGUGUGGUUAUGGAUUGUAACAUAUACUAAUUGGGUUAUGUAUUCAUCCCAGACCAAAGACUCAUCUGUGUCUUAAUGAGUAUUAUUGAGAGCCUAUUCAACUUUUGGUCAUCAA